UGGAAUAGUAUGGUAAUUUCGUCAAGCCAAACUAGGAAUUCAAUUUUGAUAGUGUUAAGCAACUAAACCAAAAUAUAUAUUUUCAAGGUUGGUUUACCGUGAUCCUGGUUUGGCAUAUAAAAGUAGCCUCAUGCUUUUCCCUUUCUCUUCUAUAAGUUGUAUUAUCUAAAAUUUUCAAGAAUGGCAUUUUCAGUCUCCAUUAGAUAUAGGCAACUGGUUUUAGCAGCAGUUCUUGUCUGUGUCUCUAUAAUUUGCUGCAACAUAGGGAAGGCAUAUGAUGAGGAAGUGCCUCAGACAGGCACUGGCCUUGCUGGAUAUGAUCCUUUCACAGGUGCAGGUGUUGUAGGAGAUGAGCCUCAAACAGGCACAGGUGUUGUAGGAGAUGUGCCUGAAACAGGUGCAGGCGUUGUAGAGGAUGAUCCGGCUGGAAUUGUUGCCAAAGCCUUGCUAUGUUUUAAUGAGAAACAUAUUUAUAGCAGCUGUGAAGAAGCCUAUAGAUUAACCGAGAAUGGAUAUAUCAAUGUGCCUCAUGAAUAUGUUGAACAAUAUUGCCAUGGACCAUGCCUGUCAGAGACCCAUUUGGUGCUCAAUUGCAUAGAAGAGGUUAUGAAACACUUUAUAUUCUACAAUAAGGCCACCAUACACGAUAUUAGAGACACAAUCAAGGCAGGAUGCAGCUAUGGCCCUGAAAGAGGUGAUUUCAAUGUGGCUGGGCACAUUCAAGCUGAAGAAAACAGAGCAGACAAGACUCAAAUCCAGAUUCUCUUUGGAGUUGGCUUGGCGAUCGUAGGGCAUGCAUUACUGUUUCAUUAUUUAUGAAAAUUUAUCAACUAUUUGUUUAAUGCAUGGAAGAAUAACAUUUUCUUCCGCCUGUUUUAUGUAGCUUUAAUGGAGGAAAACAAUAAUGAUUACUAAGACUA